AUGGCUACUAAAUUGCUUUCUUUUGUUGUGGUACUACUUGUGUCGAUUUCUCAAACUGAAUCAGAUUCUACUGCAAAUCUAGUUGAGUCUGCCUGCGAGUUGGCUGUGGAUCGAAAAUACUGCCAAUCUGUUCUUUACAAAAACCCACAAUCCCUACUAGCAGGCCCUCAAAAUAUCACUCAAAUUGCCUUCCAGAUGAGCAUAGGUGAAACCCAAAUGGUUUCAAGCUUCAUUCUUACUCAAUUAAUGAAUGCUGACCAGAGCCAAGCCGUCGAUGACUGUAGGAAAUUGAACGAUCUUACAAUGGAUUACUUGACGAAGGCUCUGUCAAUCUUGACAGAAUCUUAUUUGGACUGGAUCAAAGCAACGGAUAUUCAAAGUUAUCUGAGUGCUGCCCUGACAAACCAGGUAACCUGUCUGGACGGUCUGACUGAAGCAAAUUUAAACCUAUGCUUGGUUUCUUUCACAGAUUAUAUUUCUAGGGCGUCGCAAUCUGUGAGUAAUUGUUUAGCUUUGAUAAAUAAGUUUUGGAUCGAAGAAAUGGAUUUUCAACAGAGCUCUGUGCGCAAUCGACGCCUGUUAUCUCACGCCCAUCAUGUUGGUCGCGUCGACCAUGAUCUCCUGCCGUUUGACGGUGGAUUUCCAUCGUGGAUGUCUCGUGGGGACAGAAGAUUACUUAUGCAGACUGCAAAGGGCGUCAAAUUGACGGGCAAUGUGGUGACGGUGGCGAAGGAUGGUAGCGGUGAUUAUACUAAUAUUACUGCUGCCAUUAACGCAGCUGCAGACAUGAGUGAGAACCGAUUGGUUAUCUAUGUGACCGCAGGAGUUUAUAAGGAAUGUGUUAAUGUGCCGCUUAACAAAGAUAAUAUUAUGCUCAUCGGAGAUGGAAUAGACGCCACUGUAAUUACUGGCAGCAAAAGUGUUUCAGAUGGCUGGACUACAUUCAGUUCUGCAACUCUCGCCACAUUUGGGAAAGGUUUUAUUGCAAGGGACCUCACUAUUGAGAACAGAGCAGGUCCAGGGAAACAACAGGCCGUUGCUCUACUGGUGGCCUCAGAUCUAUCUGCAUUUUAUAGGUGCAGCAUUAAGGGAUACCAAGACACUCUCUACGCACAUUCCCUUCGUCAAUUCUAUAGAGAAUGCAAUGUUUAUGGUACCAUAGAUUUCAUAUUCGGCAAUGCAGCAGUCAUAUUUCAACAGUGCAAUCUUGUGGCACGGAGACCUUUGGACCACCAGCAAAAUGUUUACAUAGCUCAAGGAAGAACUGAUCCAAAUCAAAAUACAGGAACAUCCAUUCAUAACUGUAAAGUCAUUGCAGCCACUGAUCUUGUUCCUUUUAUCGAUUCUAUCCCCACAUAUCUUGGGAGGCCAUGGAAAGAAUACUCUCGCACUGUUUACUUAGAAUCCUAUAUAGGUAGUUUAAUCCAGCCAGUUGGGUGGUUAGAAUGGUCAGGUAGUUUUGCCUUGAGCACAUUGUAUUACGGUGAAUAUAAUAACCAGGGUCCGGGGGCAGAUACGAGUCAACGAGUAACAUGGCCUGGUUAUCAUUUAAUGAAGCUCAGUGAUGCUCAAAAGUUCACCAUAACUUCUUUCCUCUCUGGGAGCUCAUGGUUACCUACAACAUCUGUACCCUAUUGGGGAAGCUUGCUUUCAAAGUAA